ACCCUGGAGAAUCAAUGGAGCCUUUGGUGCCACCGAGGCUGCAGGAAGAUAAGGUUAUGAAACUGGGGUUGUUAGAGAGAGAAAGAGAGUUGAGAUGGUUGUAGUUGGAUUUGGAGGUGGCCGCUUGAUUUCUUCAUUUUCAGCUAACAUAAUCAACAGAUUUUCAUCAGAUAAUCCAAAACUCAUCUCCGUCUCAAGAGCUUCUACCAAUUCCGCCAGAAGAAAUGAAUUUCCAACGAAGAAGAAGAGUAAGCCGCGUUUGAUCGCGAUAUCAACGGCGGAAGCAAAAUGGCAUGGAAAUUGGAAUUCAGAGUAUUUAUUUUCCCUGCGAGACCUACAACUGCUUGAUCUUUCAGAUGACGAUGGUGUCCGCAAAGAUACUAAUGUUUCCAUUAACCUUUCCGUUCAAAAGCAUGCUGGUUUUGGGCUAUCAGUAGAAGGAAGGAUCACCACAUCAUUCACCAGAAAAUGUUGCAAUUGCUGCUCUCCAUACCUCCGAGAUAUUAACGCGACAUUUAAAGUGUGGAUUCUCCCAUCAACGAGAACAAUUAGGGACUCAUCUAAUCAACUACCUGAUAUUGGAGGAGAUGAUCCUUCCGUUAUUUAUGUGAGACCCGGAUAUGAAGCUGAUCUGGAUUCUUUAAUACAAGACACAGUUCGACUUGCCACUUCAGUUAAAGAAACUUGCUCGGAAUCUUGCGAGAAAGCCGAACCCAAAUUACACCUUUCUGGAAAAAAGAGUUUGAUUAAUGUUGGAAUCUCGACUGAAAUGAGAAAAGAAGUUGAGUGUAAGGAGAAGUCGUAUAGCUCAAAACCAGCAUGUAAAGCCACGAUUGAAGAAUCUCAAGCAACUGCUUGUGUGGAUAAACUGCACACACAUCCUGAACGUGUUCUCAUUCCUAGUCAGAGUAAUUAUGUAUUAUGUGUAAAAUAGGAUCAUGAGAACGUGUGUAAAUGGAUACCAUCCACUUCUCUUUCAGUUAAGUAGUUUAUCUUGUACAUGUAUAUAUAGGCAUUGCCUCAUUAAUGAAACAUAUGCCGAAUACAGCAGCAACACAAUUCUAUCUCUUUUGUACCUUCAA